UCGGAAACGUGUCACCACACACAUAUCAAAAACUGUUUUUCUAUAAGAGCGAGAACCGAUUCUUUGAUGCGUAAAUCCAUCAAACACUUGCUGUGCACACUAGUCGCCUUUUAGACUAGACCCAAUGCAACCCCAGAAGCCAUCUUCAAUGGACUGACAAUGUCUCAAAGCCUUCGUCUGUGGAAAUCUCUGCCGAUGAGCAAUGUCGUCGCCAGUCUCAAACGGCUCCGUUUUGCCGUUCUCGCCAGAACUUUACACAGUGAUAUUUCAGUUGAGACCAUGUUGCGGAGAUAUUUAACGUUGGGGAUUCCGAAAAAUGUUGAAGUUGGAACAAGACAAGAUAAUUUUGGUCCUCUGUUUCAACGGAAUUUCUCUUCUACCAGCUUCACAAGUGUGCAUGGUGAAAGGCCAUCUGCUGAGUAUGCCAAGUUGAGGAAAGAAUCACUAGAAAGUAGAUUUGGACAUGUACUUGGAACUCAUAGUUCAAAAAGUGUUUCCAUGUUCUACCGAUUUGGCCCAUUCUUGGCGAUGUACAGAGCAGCAAUUAUUUCAUUCCAUGUGGUGAAGUUAACCAUUUGGCACUUUUUUGUUCACGACAUAAAAAAACGUUCCAUCAAGUUUCGCGAAACUCUAAUCCGCUUGGGGCCUUUCUACAUCAAGCUUGGACAAGCUCUGAGCACGAGACCAGACAUACUGCCAACUGUAUAUUGCCAAGAACUUGCUAAGUUACAGGAUCAAAUACCUCCAUUUCCAACUCGUGUUGCCAUUAAAUCUAUUGAAUCGCAAUUAGGUGCCCCUGUUUCACAAAUUUUUGCUGACAUCAGCUCGGAGCCCAUUGCUGCAGCAUCUUUGGGACAGGUCUAUAAAGCUCACCUGCAUUCUGGAGAGCUAGUAGCUGUUAAAGUACAGAGGCCUGGAAUGUCACAUUUGUUGACCCUUGAUGCCUUGUUAUUUCAUAUGAUUGGAGGCCAACUAAAGCGAUUUGCCAAAGCUCGGAAAGAUCUUUUAGUAGCAGUGAAUGAGUUGGUGAGACACAUGUUCGAAGAAAUUGAUUAUAUCCUCGAGGGACAAAAUGCUGAACGCUUCGCUUUUCUCUAUGCUUCCCACCCUUAUACUGGUCAAAAGGAUUCAAAAGAUACAGCUAGCAAUACUGUUGACUACAAGAAAGGAAAGUGUAUUAAAGUUCCAAAAAUAUAUUGGAACCUUACUCGUAAAGCUGUGCUCACAAUGGAAUGGAUCGAUGGAAUUAAGCUUACAGAUGAAGCCCGACUGAAAAAGGCCUUCUUAAAUCGGAAGGAGCUCAUAGACCAGGGAUUAUACUGCUCUUUGAGGCAAUUGCUUGAGGUGGGGUUUUUCCAUGCUGACCCUCAUCCAGGAAACCUUGUUGCUACUGAUGAUGGAUCUCUUGCUUAUUUUGACUUUGGAAUGAUGGGUGAUAUUCCACGCCACUACCGUGUUGGACUUAUUCAAGUGCUUGUGCACUUUGUUAAUCGUGACUCUCUGGGUUUGGCAAAUGACUACCUCUCUCUGGGAUUUCUCCCUGAAGGGGUUGAUAUAUUGUCAGUUUCAGAUGCUCUGAAAGCAUCCUUUGGUGAUGGCACUAGACAAUCCCGGGAUUUCCAGGCCAUAAUGAGCCAACUGUAUGAUGUUAUGUAUGACUUUAACUUUUCUCUUCCACCGGACUAUGCCUUGGUGAUAAGAGCGCUGGGAUCACUUGAAGGGACUGCAAAAGCUUUGGAUCCUGAUUUCCAAGUUAUUGAGAGUGCAUAUCCUUUUGUUGUUGGAAGGCUUUUGGCAGACCCAAAUCCUGAUAUGAGGAAGAUAUUAAGGGAGCUUCUUAUCUGUAAUGAUGGCUCCAUUAGGUGGAAUCGGCUAGAACGGCUGAUAGCAGCAAUAACAGAACAGGGUCCUCAGUCCACAGGGGAACCCCCUAAUGCUAAAGAAAAAUCUUCAAAUCAUUUGGGAUGGAAGUCCUUUGACAUGCGUGCUGUUGUUGCUGCCACAGAAGAUCUUUUCCUAUUUAUCCUGUCUGAUAAGGGUCUGAGAGUUCGUGUUUUCCUUGUCCACGACAUAAUAAAAGCGGCUGAUGUUUUUCUACAGGAUGAAAUUGUUGCUAGCAUUUUCGACGGGAAGGUUCAAGUCAAAGGCACAUCAGAAUCUGAGGGACAUGCAAUGCUCAUGCGGGUGGUUAACGGGUUUCAAUCCCUUUGGUAUGCGGUAAAGUUGGCCCCGGAGGUCUGGACUGCUAUGCUGCUCCGUAUGGCAUUAAAGCCUGAGGUUCACAGGUUCACUUUCGACAUUAUUUCAGCCUUAGUGCAACAUUCUAGCCAUAGAAUUCCAGAAACAUUCUGGGUUUGUAUAUCUAGACUUCUCCACAAAUUGGUGAAUUACAAUCCUGAUGAUUUAUAAUUUGGUUUAUAGUAUACAAUAUAUAUUUUUUUUCA